AUGGCAGCGAUCAUGCGCGAACGGGGCAAGCCAAGUCGUGAAAAUCGACUUCAUUCUGGAGAUUUCUGUGCCGAUCGAAUUGGUUUGACCUCAUAUCAAGUAUGUCCUGAUGCCAGCUGGUCGAAGCACAACGAUACAACCAUCUACAUGCGUUUCAUUCAAUUUUUCUUUGCAGCUCGAUUGGGCAGGUUCUGGGUGCAAGCCUGCGGGGCUUUGGCGAGGCAAUUUUACGCGGCCAAGCUUUUGCGAUUCCCAUUGCAUUCAAAGUUGCACUAUCUUGAUCACUCCUACCGCUUCCUGCAAUACCACGUUGCCAAUUCUGAAUACGUGUACAACAUUUUGAACGAAUCAGUCCAACAAGAUGAGGAUUUUGUUGGCCAGCAGGCUCGACUUUCAAGGCGCGUGAGCCCUGUAACAAAUUCGUACAGAAGCUUAGAACGGUAUUGUGCUCGAGCUCGCAAAAUUUGGGGCUAA